CUACACAACACUGCACAACAUCUGUUCUGUGGGACUCGCUAAAAGGCAAGAAGAAGAUUGGUUAUGAAAACACGAGCCGCGUCAAAAUGUUGAGAAAAACACUUAAUAAUUUGCCACGCUUUAGCCAGCUAUGCGGCCUGCCCCAAAGGCUUCAGAGCACACAAGCAGAGGCUGCACCGUCAGUUACCACCACAGUAUCGACAGAGGCCGAACCCGAAGACAUAGCCGUGAUAGAGCAGCGGAUUCUGAAGCAUCCGGACUACUUCCAGGUGCACAAUCUGUUCACCGUGCGAGACCUGUUCAAUGCACGCGUGCACUAUGGCCACAAAGAAGGCUCCCUGGACGAGCGCAUGCGUCCGUAUCUGUAUGGCAGUCGCCUGGGGCACUUGAUCUUCGACCUGGACAAGACGGCCGUGCAUUUGCGGGAUGCCCUUAACUUUGUGGCCCACAUAGCCUUUCGGGAUGGCAUCAUAUUGUUCUUCAAUCGCAACGCCCUCAAUGCCCAUUUGGUGGAGCAGAAGGCCAUGGAGGCCGGCGAGUUCUCACACACGCGCUUCUGGCGUGGCGGCAUCUUCACCAAUGCCAAUGUGCAGUUCGAUGCAGUUACUCGACUGCCCGAUCUCUGCAUUUUCCUGAACACCCAAAACAAUGUGAUGUCCCAGCACACGGCGGUAAGGGAUUCUGCCAAGAUGGCCAUACCCACAGUCGGCAUUGUGGACACCAAUUGCAAUCCCAAUUUGAUCACCUAUCCGGUGCCCGGCAACGAUGAUUCCCCUGCAGCCGUUGAGCUCUACUGCAAUCUCUUCAAGGAGGCCAUCCUGAGGGGCAAACGCAAGCGUCGCGACUUGCUGGGCCUUCCAACCUUGGACGAGAGCCAGCCAAGGCGAAGCCGCAAUACCAAAACCAAUAGCAAUUAGUUUUAGGAUGAGAAUUUGUUACAUUUAUCUGAAUACAAAUACCGCUGCUGUCGUGUGCAGUGAACCAUGUGUAAUCCA